GCCAAGCAACGGUAUCUAACGAGGAAUUCGAUCAUCAAGCAUAAUUUUAUAGGCAUCAUCAUCAUUGACUCUAUCCUAAGCUUUUUUCUCUGAUCAUCACGACCUCAUAUUGACCAAAGUCGCCACAACUUGAGUUCUCGAACAAAAAAAAGGUCGAACCCACUCUUCCUAUCAAUUAUCGAAACACCCAAAGUCACAUCCUAUCUUUAUUCUAUAAUAUUACUACCUCACGAGGGAAUUAAGAAGCGACUACUCGGCUUAAUUCACUCUUGUACAACCGGAGAAGUUUCGGAUGACCUGAUCUGAAAGCGGAGCUAUUACGAAAAAAAUUCUGAAUAGUGUCGUACUAUAUUCUUCUUCUGGUCCUUCUGCCUUUUCUAUUUCUUCCGUUGUCUUUCUGUCUAUCUUUUGCUUUAUCCUCCACUUUACAUGUUCUCAUGCGCCAAGAAUCGCCAAGCAUAGGCCUAAUCUUUUAAAAGAUUGUCGUGAGUGGGAGGUAUUUUUCCCCAUUCUCGCUAUCAUCUGAGGAUAUCUGCUUCCUUUGCUUGGUUGCAUUGAGCAGGGAUUCGUAUUUUCCUGCUAUAAAGCGAAGGGACUGGGAGGACUCUGCUUUGACUGUGAGUUCUUCUUGAAAAUCCUUACUAAAGACUGUUACUCAUGACUCCUCCAGAGAUAAUUAGUAUGGCUUCGAAAGACGGCCAAGAUAGUACGCCCAGGCGUCACAGUCUUAGCGAUGAGUGUGACACCAACUCAGCUGCUGAUGAGAAGAGACUUGUUGCGAAGCUGGACUUCUACAUCAUUCCUCUUGUAAUGGUGCUGUACCUCUUCAGUUUCCUAGACAGAGUCAACAUUGGUAAUGCCCGACUUUACGGACUUGAAGAGGAUCUGAACCUCUCGUCGAGCCAGUUCCAGGUUGCCGUGUCCAUCCUAUUCGUCACAUACUUGCUCUUCGAGGUUCCAUCCAACCUUGUCCUUAAGCUCUUCACCCCUCGUCGAUGGAUCGCAUUCAUCGCUGCUGCAUGGGGAAUCAUCGCCACCCUCACCGGCCUCGUCAACUCAUAUGGUGCUUUGAUUGCUUGUCGUCUACUUCUUGGUGCCGUUGAAGCAGGUCUGUUUCCUGGCUUGACGGUGUACCUCACUUUCUUCUACACCAAAAGAGAACUCGCCCUUCGCGUGGGUUAUCUGUUCGUCAGCGCGGCAGUCGCUGGAGCUCUUGGCGGUCUGCUGGCAUAUGGCAUUGGACAUAUGGAUGGCCUCCAUGGUAUGAGCGGUUGGCGAUGGAUCAUGAUCAUUGAAGGAAUUCCCAGUUUCCUGCUUGGUGUGGUCACAUACUUCGCUCUGCCUAAUGAUGCGGAGACGGCCUACUUCCUCGACGAGAACGAAAGAGCCCUUAUGCGGUUGAGACAUGCCCGUGAGUACGGAAACACGGCUUCCAGUCGUGAGUUUAGCAAGAAGGACAUGAUGUGCGCCUUUAAGGACUGGAAGGUUUGGGCGUUUUGUGUUGCGCAGUUUGGCGUCGACACUAUGUUGUAUGGGUUUUCAACCUUCCUCCCGACUAUCAUUAGAGAUCUCGGUGAUUGGACGGUUGCAGAGACACAACUCCUUACCGUGCCUUGCUACUUCCUCGGUGCAGCGGCGUACAUGUCGACUGCAUUCCUGUCAGAUAAGCUUCAACAGCGUGGACUUUUCUGCGUAAUCUUUGGAGUCAUCAGCGUUGUUGGAUAUGCAGUCCUGCUGGCUGAUGUGUCUUCUGGCGUCCACUACUUUGGCUGCUUCCUCGUAGCUGGAGGCUUGUACGUUGUUGUGGGCUUGCCACUGGCUUGGGUAAGUUGAGAUAGUCUCGAUGGCAAAUUAUAGUGAGCUGACUGAGUUGUUUAGUUGCCCACAAACUCGCCGCGCUAUGGAAAGCGUACUACCGGUACGGGAAUGCAGUUGACUUGGGGUAAUGCGGCAGGCAUUAUGUCUGCAUUCAUCUAGUAAGUCCUGUUAUUGACUGUUGUCGUGAAUUCAGCUAAUCUUGACCAGUCCUGCUUCAGACAAGCCUCGAUAUAUCCGUGGGCACGCUGUAACGCUCAGCAUGGUUGCUCUCGGCACCGUCAUUUAUGGAUUUAUGUGGUGGUGGUACCGACGAGAGAAUGAACGACGACAGGCAGGUCUUAUGGACGACAAGUUUCGAGGAAUGGGAGAAGAUGAGUUGGCUGAACUUGGAGACGAGAGUCCACGUUAUAGAUAUACCAUCUAAAGGGGAUCUGAUAAGAGGAUAAUGAGAACUUAGGGUUAUGAGGGACGAAAUCAAGGUAAUGGAGGAUAUUGCAUGAAAGGGAUAUACAUAAUGAGAACGGCUGUUGAUUAUUGAGGAUAAGAGACAGAAAUGAGGGUUUAAACAUGAAAUACCUACUGUAGGUAGAGAUGAUUGACGGUUCAGAGCAGAGCCUCAGGUAACACCGAGGAGAAGUACCGGGACUAAAUGGCGCUAAUGUCCGUUAUUAGUGGCUUGAUGAGCUGCAUCGUUCGUUGCUGGGGAGUUUCACAUGGUUUAGAAAGCAAUUUAUUGGCCAGUUACAUUUGGUAUUCAUGGCGUAUCAUCGAAUCACAUGUUAUGGUAUUGUACUUUGGCCACUUUCAGCUCAGCUGUACGCAGAAUAUUUUGGUUAAAGGAAUUGCCAGCACGUCAAAUGUUGCUGUUGGGGCUGUGUACGUCAGCUGUUGAAUGGUUGCCAUAAUCCAUCAAGUAGAGUGGUGUCGUGUAAUAAUGGGGCCAAUGCGUGCAUAUUGAAUACGAGGUCUGGGCUGUGUUGAAGAAUGUCGCCUGAAAUAUUGUCAACAGUUGAAGACACUCAAGAGCAUUAUACUAGGCUGUAGGUCUUG